AUGGGUGAAGUGAAAAAUCCUAUUGCAGAAAGACAUGAAAACUCUCCAUCAAAAAUCAUCACCCAACAUUCCCACACUAGUGGCUCUGAACCUAAGGAUGAGCAAAAUGAAUAUGCCCCAAUGGAAAAAGAUGCAGAAAUUCAAGACCCUAGGGAAAUUCCUGAAGACGAAUUUGAAGACGGCUCACCCGAAACUAACCAAGAUGUGGAUGAUCCUAAUAACGAAGAAGAAGAUGAUCAAUCUAUGUUUAACUUCGAUGAAGAACCCCCUAAGGACGAGGAUGGGGAUCAAAAUGACGCUGGUGAUGAAGAAAGGAAUGUCCAAGAGGAUCAACAAACACCGGAACAACCCAAGAGCAACUCAAAAACCGACAUUGCCAACAAAGUCACAAGGCAUUCGACAGACACUGCCAUUACCCUAUCUCCUGCAGAGUUAGAAGCGCUUAAAUGA